CAGCAGCAGCCGAGGCCCGUAAUAGCGGGCCCGUUGUGUAGACGGAAACAUUGCAUCACCGUCACGCCGAGGCCGCUCCUGCCAGCUGACCCACGUGUGACAGGUUAAGAAAAAUGGUCCCAGACAGCAAGAUAGAGGCCAUUGGGGGCGUACUGGUUGACCCGGGCCGGCCCCUGAAGGAGCGGUUCCGGGCACUCUUCACACUGAGGGGCCUGGGGGGGGAGGCUGCCAUAAGUGCUAUUUCUCGGUGCUUUGAUGACCCCUCGGCCCUCCUCAAGCAUGAACUGGCCUACUGCCUGGGUCAGAUGGGGGACGUCAGAGCCAUACCAAAACUCAUUGAGGUCUUGAGUGACUCCAAACAGGAGCCAAUGGUGAGGCAUGAGGCUGGGGAGGCACUGGGAGCCAUUGGAGACCCUACUGUGGAGGAUGUUCUCAGAAAAUAUAGCAAAGACCCAUGUGUGGAUGUAGCUGAGACUUGCCAGCUGGCCUUGAGCAGGCUGGCGUGGCUGCAGUCCUCCGCUGGGAAGGGCCAGGACAACAAGACUGCAGUGGGCACACAGUUCCUCUCCAUUGACCCGGCACCCCCAGAGCAGGAGACCGACAUUGAAAAACUGAGAGAGCAACUCGUGGAUGAGACGCUGCCCCUCUUUGAAAGGUACCGCGCCAUGUUCUCGCUGCGUAACAUCAACACGGAUGAGAGUGCACGGGCGCUGGCGGCAGGCCUGACGUGCAAGGGCAGUGCUCUCUUCCGCCACGAGGUAGGUUAUGUACUGGGGCAGAUGGGGAACUCGGCCGUGGUUGAGGAGUUGGCAGCGGUUGUGAGGAACAAAGACGAGAGUGGAAUGGUGAGGCACGAGGCGGCAGAGGCCUUGGGGUCCAUCGCCUCGCCCCAGGCUGAGGAGGUGUUGCGGGAGCACCUCAAGGACGAGGCUGCGGUGGUCAGGGAGAGCUGUGAGGUUGCUCUUGACAUGUCUGAAUAUGAAAACUCUCCGGCUCAGUUCCAGUUUGCUGAUGGACUGCAAGCCAAGGUCUAGAAGACUGCUACAGGCUGCCAGUGUUGUCCAGAGCCCAUGAGUGACUUUUCGCCAAUCGGUGCUGUUGUGAUUCCAUUAGUGAGUUUGUCUAGAGCCACUACACACCUUUUGACUGUAUGUAUGCUGAAUUAAUGGCUUUAAGUUCAUUUAUCUCAAAUCUCUCAUCUAUUACCAAUAGACCUCUCAAAUUUGUUACUUGGAAAUGUAAUCUCCUUUUACAUUAUUAUUGUUUUAUUCCACAUAUUUUGAGUGAGUGCUGCCUCAUUCUUGCAUUCCUGAGCAUCUGUCUGCUGUCAUCAAGAUCACAAAGUAAAAUUUUCAUGCA